UCCACAUGAGAACUCACACAGGUGAGAAGCCGUAUUCAUGUGGAACAUGUAAAAAAAGUUUCAGCAGACAUACUCAUUUGUUGGUCCACUUAAGAACUCACACAAAUGAGAAGCCGCAUUGUUGUGGAACUUGUGGGAAACAAUUUUCCAGUCAGAGUCUUUUGAUUCGCCAUGAUAAGACUCACACAGAUGAGAAGCCGUAUUGUUGUGAAACAUGUGGAAAAACUUUUAGGGACCAGUCUGGUUUAAGGUUACACAUGAGAACUCACACAGGUGAGAAGCCAUAUUGUUGUGAAACAUGUGGAAAGUGUUUCCUUCGUAGGGAAGGUUUGUUGGUCCACAUUCAAACUCACACAGCUGAGAAGCCGUAUUCUUGUGAAGCAUGUGGGAAAUGUUUCAGUCAUCACAGUGAUAAAGUGGUCCAUGUGAAAACUCACACAGGUGAGAAGCCAUAUUCCUGUGGAACGUGUAAGAAAGGUUUCAGCAGACAGAGUCAAUUGUUGUUCCACUUGAGAACUCACACAGGUGAGAAGCCGUAUUGUGGAACAUGUGGGAAAAAAUUUUCCACUCGAAGUCUUUUGAUACGACACAGUAAGACUCACACUGGUGAGAAGCCGUAUUCUUGCGAAGCAUGUGGGAAAUGUUUCAGUGAUCACAGUUCUAAAGUGGUCCAUAUGAGAAUUCACACAAGUGAGAAGCCACAUUCUUGUGAAACAUGUGGGAAAUGUUUC